AGUGCCACGAGCUCGACCACGACGACGUCGGAUGCGACUCUGGUUAGCUCGUCGACGACGCACGAGACGGACGAGGACGGCGCUGCUGGCGCGACGGUGAAGACCGAGGUGUUCCGUACGACGGGUGCCAACGGCAGCGUCAUCACCAAGACGGUUCGCACGACGAUCCGUAAGGUGACCACUUCCAGCGGCCUGGUGAAGCGCCUGAUCGAGGUGCAGACGACGACCGUGACGAAGACCGUGGCGGGCGAGACGAGCACGACUGUGGAGACGGAGACUCGCGAGGAGAUCGAUGACAGCAGUGCCACGAGCUCGACCACGACGACGUCGGAUGCGACUCUGGUUAGCUCGUCGACGACGCACGAGACGGACGAGGACGGCGCUGCUGGCGCGACGGUGAAGACCGAGGUGUUCCGUACGACGGGUGCCAACGGCAGCGUCAUCACCAAGACGGUUCGCACGACGAUCCGUAAGGUGACCACUUCCAGCGGCCUGGUGAAGCGCCUGAUCGAGGUGCAGACGACGACCGUGACGAAGACCGUGGCGGGCGAGACGAGCACGACUGUGGAGACGGAGACUCGCGAGGAGAUCGAUGACAGCAGUGCCACGAGCUCGACCACGACGACGUCGGAUGCGACUCUGGUUAGCUCGUCGACGACGCACGAGACGGACGAGGACGGCGCUGCUGGCGCGACGGUGAAGACCGAGGUGUUCCGUACGACGGGUGCCAACGGCAGCGUCAUCACCAAGACGGUUCGCACGACGAUCCGUAAGGUGACCACUUCCAGCGGCCUGGUGAAGCGCCUGAUCGAGGUGCAGACGACGACCGUGACGAAGACCGUGGCGGGCGAGACGAGCGCGACUGUUGAGACGGAGACUCGCGAGGAGGACGAUACUUCGGAUGUUGGAGUGAUAAAUGUUGCCACGGCUGGGAGAACUGGCAAGGGUUCUGCGUGGUGGAACAUGAAGCGCCGUCGACUGGUAAAGACCUGGCUGCCCCAGUUCGUGUCGUACGUCCAGCGUCGCGGAAGGAGCCUGUCCAAGACCAUGCCCAGGAAGGAAUUGCUCAACUUUGCUCGUGACUUCUGUGACCAGAACUUGGUGAGCUUCGAGGACGGAUUCUUCAACGCUGGCACGUAUGAAGAGAAGCGGGCUACCUGGACGAUCGCGCGCUCCCUUUCCUUCCACUACCCCGGUGUUGCGGUGCAGCAGUUGGGUCUCGGAGUCGGCAAGUUCAAGCGAACGCUGGUGAUUGACGAGGUCUCCCACAUGCGCAAUGGCCCUGACGGGUCUAAGCUCAUGGGGGCGGAGUUCGUUCUCUCGGUGCUGCAGGUGAUGCCCAAGAAGUGCGCGUACUACGAGGACGUCUUGAUUCUGGAGAACGGUGAAGUGCUCUUCCACGGCACGGGCGAGUCGCUCAUCGCGUACUUCCAGGAGCUCGGCUUCGUGUGCGCUCCGGGCGUGAACAUGGCCGACUACCUGCUGAACCUGACAGAGGAGCAGCAGCUGCACCACCAGGUCACAAUGAUCCAAGGCUUCAACAACCAGCGUCAACUGCGCCGCAGCCGCAUGUUCUCCGGCAUGAUGAAGUUCUCCGACGACAUGGUGCUCAUGACGGGCGCCCCCGGCGCUGGUGGGCCGUCUCGAACGAGCACUCCAGUCGGCAGCCCUGCCCGCAGCGGCUCGACUGCCCGGUUGAGUACCGCGUACUCGCCCCUUCGACGUCAGCUCAAGCACCGCUUCCCCCAGGGAUCUCCCAUCAGGUCCCCGUUCGCAUCCCCGAUAAGCGGCUCUCCUGCGGCGGGUUUCGUGUCGCCGCAGCCGACGAAGGCGACGCGGGGGCUGAAGAUCACGGCGUACGCGUCCCCCGAGUCGAGCAAGGUAACCAAGUCCGUGAGCAGUGCGAGCGCGGGGUUCGCCUCGCCUUCCGUUGCAAAGGUGACUCGGGGCGCGACGUCAACGACGACGUCGUACUCGUCCCCCGUGACGACCAAGACGACGACUUCGUACUCGUCGUCGCCCAUGAGGACGCAGUCGACUACCGCCAUCGCUGGCUCGACCACGACCCGCAAGAUCGCGAUUGAGGGAGACUUCACGGUCAUCACGACUGAGAUCACGUCGCCCCGCGGCACCAAGCGAGUGUCCACGACGCGUCAGCUGACCAGCAAGAGCGGCUCCAGUACGACCGCCGCCUAA